AUGUUAACAGAUAUUAGUAAUACUGUUAACUCAUCUACUUCAAAGAGGUCAGAAUCAUUGAACCAUGCAGGAAAAGGUAUUACUGACUUCAAAAAGAACUCCUUACAGAAAGAUCCAGUUCGUAGUAUACUCAAAAGCUCAAGAUUGUUCAAGUCUCCUGAGAAACUGAACAAUUGUAAAGUAUCGAAGAAAAGUACCUUACAUAUAACACCAAAAAAAUUAGCAUCACCAGAAUGUCUUAGGGAUUACAUUCCAAAAGUGACACGAAGUGUUGAUUAUUCUGAUUUCCGAAAGAUGCACGAACCCAUUAUUGAGACAAAUGGUACAGUUACCAACGUUCUGUUUCCAACUUCGCCUUUGAAAAUACGGUUUAGUGAUAGUAUUAAACCAAUAGGAGGAGAUGGAUCGUUAAAUAGAAUUAGAGCUAAAUUUAAAAAUGGUCUCAUGUCUCCAGAAAAAUUAAUUCAGAGAAAAGGGACAAGCAUUAUUACAUCUAAAGCUCGUAGAAAUCUUUUCGAGGAGAUACAACGAGAAUCUACUUCAACAACAAUAGAUACUAAUAAAAUAAAAACCAUUCAAAAAAGCUUAAAUAAUGGUAUACUUAAAAAGGAAAUUCAAAAAGGAGAAUCACCACACAAAUCAGUUAAGUUCCAUAUCCCAGAUAAUGAGUCCGAUAUUAGACAACAAUUAAAUGAUAUCAAUAAUCUAUUAAAUGCUAUCCUUACAAGGCAAGAUGUGUUAGAGAAAGAGAUAUCAGAAAUUAAAAGAAAUAACCCAAACCGCCUAAGAGAAUAA